AUGGAAGAUAAAACUCUGAAGCAUUUAGAGAUGGAAAAUAAUUUAGUUGUGGGAGUUAAGAAGGUUAGUAUUAACAUACCUAAUGAUCUUUCUUUCUCCAUACUUUCAAAAUUAUCUGUAAAAACUUUGAAGCGUUUUGAAUGUGUAUGUAAAUCAUGGACCCUCUUAUUUCAAAUCUCUUAUUUCAUGAGCUUGUUCUGCAAAAACCUCUAUAAUCAUUCUUAUUAUGAUUAUACAUCUCUUCUACUACACCUAUAUCAUAAAACAACUUCGAGUGAUGUGUUGUAUUCUCUAUCUGAUGAGCGAUUUGAGAAUAAGAUUAAAUUAGAUUGGCCAAAUCCAUUUCAAAGGGAUGACCUUGAAUUUGAUAUUUUGGGAUCUCAUAGCAUUAAUGGGAUUCUUUGUCUAAUCAGUUACUCCCAGAUAGAUACAAGACUUGUAUUAUGGAACCCAGCUACAGAGGAAUUCAAGGUUGUUCCUACUAGCUUUCGUGAGUCUGUGCCGUAUAUGGAUAUUGAAAUUACUCGAUAUGGUUUUGGUUAUGAUUCUGAUAGAGACGACUACAAGGUGAUUCGACAAAUAAUGUAUAAUCCAAAUAGCGAUAGUGAAAGUGACAUUGAUGAUUUGUCACUUGAAGAUAUAUACUACCAACUCUUUUGGGAGAUAUAUAGUCUACAAAGUAACACUUGGAAGAAACUUGACUCUAAUAUCCCUCAUAAUUACAUAGAUCAAGUACUGUGUCUUAGUGGAAUGUGUCACUGGUGGGGCGAAGAAGGCUAUGAUAAUGAAAAUUAUGAUGAAGCAUACCUACUAUCCUUUGACCUAAGUAAGGAGGAAUUCCUUAUAACACCCAUACCAGAGGAUAAUUUUUUUAGAUCUAGACAUCAUUGGGAAGACUUAGUAGUAUUAAAUGGUUGCAUUGCUUUAAUCUCGAAUCACAAUAAAAACUACCCAAGUGAUGAUAUUUUUCACAUAUCAAUUUUGGGUGAAGUUGGUGUGAAAGAGUCAUGGAUUAAAUUCUGUACUAUUUGGCCUUUUCCUUUCAUUGAGCAUCCUAUUGGAGUUGGAAAGAAUGGGUAUAUGUUCUUGAGAGAGCAUAGUGGAAAAUUAGUUUGUUUUAAUAUAAACACUCAGAUGGUUGAGGAGCUCGGUUUUGUAGGACAUGGAUUUCAAGGUAGGACAAUAAUUUAUGAAAGAAGUAUUGUUCCAAUUGGAGGUAUGAAUAUAUAAAAAAUCGUGUAUACACCCAUGUUUUAUGGUUGUAAUUUGUAAGAAUUUAUAUCACACAUA